AUGCUGAAAGGCAUGCUGGGUAAACUUGACGGACGAAGGGAACAGUUUAGGCAGCAACAGAUAGCCUGGACUGGGGAGACCUUAGGCCUGCAUUAUGCCCAUCUGACACACAAACUAGUGGUGGGUUUUGCUGCUGCUGAAGACAAUGAGAGGUCGCCUACGCUGAGGGUCGAUGUUGUGGGAAAGAUGGACCUGCCCAAUGGCCAAUCAGGCAUCACCACCAUCGCUGCUUCUGUCUCAGAGAUAAACAGCAGUGCAGAAUAUUUGGGUGACAAAGGCUCUGAGCUAAAGAAGAGUUUUGAUGCUGUUGUGUUCGAUGUGCUCAAGGUCACCCCUGAGGAAUAUGCGGGCCAGAUCACACUCAUGGACACACCGGUGUUCAAAGCCAUCCAGCCAGACGAGCUGUCGAGUUGUGGCUGGAACAAGAAGGAAAAGCACAGCUCUGCCCCAAACGUUGUGGCCUUCACUCGUCGGUUUAACCAGACCAGUUUCUGGGUGGUUCGGGAGAUCCUCCACGCACAGACGCUCAAGAUAAGGGCUGAGGUGUUGAGUCUUUAUAUUCGUACUGCAAAGAAAUUGUGCGACAUGAACAACCUGCAUGCAGUAAUGGCUGUUGUUUCAUCAUUACAAAGUGCACCCAUCUUUAGACUCACAAAAACCUGGGCCUUUCUCAGUCGGAAGGACAAGGCAACGUUUGACCGGCUUGACUACCUAAUGUCUAAAGAAGACAACUAUAAGAGGCUCAGAGACUACAUCAGCAGCCAGAGCAUGGUCGCCUGUAUACCGUACUUGGAAUGA